UAUAGAUUCAGUGAAUAAAUCCUAUUAAGUAGACUAGUUACCGAAAUAAAGUAGGCUAGCCUAUACUUUGGUUGGGAAAGAUGGUUGAAAAAGUAUCCUACAAUUGUUGCUCCUCGCUAGGGGCGCUGGUUGAACACAGUGCAAUAGAGAAGACAAUGUAGCCACUCAGUGUCAGCCAAAUCCAUGAUAUUAACACAAUCUAAAGAGCAAAGGGGAGUUUCCAAAGUCAUCAAACCCGUCCAACUUUCUCAUUUACAGCUAUAGACCACUGAAAAUGGAUCCUAUUAGGUCUGCUGCUCCUUUGCUAUGGCUUUCCCUGUGCUUUGGGAAUAUUCUGGAGGCAGCGGUACUUGGAUCAUUGCAGUACCCCUCCGGUGCGGAUGAUAACGGGCUUGUUUCACAUCUGGAUGAGCGGAGUCGCAGAGAGCCGACAGCGGUGUCCAGGAAAGACCCUCCGAUAAAUGAUACUAUCGUCCCCCAUGACUAUAUGGUAUCUCUAUACAGGACACUAUCUGAGAUAGAGAGCAGAGGGUUUAACAGCAGUGUUCCUCGCACCGCAAGACACGCCAACACGGUGACCAGUUUCGUGGAUCAAGGAAAAGAUCACUCCUCCUGGGGAAGUGGCCAGCGCUAUCUCUUCGACCUCUCCAGCCUGUCCAGAACAGAUGAGCUUGUGGAGGCAGAACUGAGGAUCCUGAGAAAGCCACCGCUGGAUCUCCUUCCUGUGCUGACGUGGGGCAGGAAUCUUUAUCGCCUCCUCCUCUACACAUGUUCGUCUGAGGGGAACUCUGGGAGACGGCUGCUGGAUUCCAGGACAGUCGACGUUCUGGAUGGCGAGCCUCCCAAAUGGGAUGUAUUUGAUGUGUGGGCAAGUGUGAAGGCUCGGCGAAGGAGCCACAAGACAGCAGCAGGCAACGACCUCCUCAUGGCCUGCUUUGACCUGCUGGUCGUUUCGGAGUUGACCAAAGAGGCAGCCAACCCUCUUACAGUAGGGCUGGGACGCCAGUCUCGGCAGCCCCAGGAGAGGGCCUUGCUGUUGGCUUUUUCUCGCACCCGCAGGAAAGAGAACCUGUUCAAGGAGAUUAGGGAGCAGAUGAAGGCAGUGCAAAGAGAUAUGGGUUUUCUGGAUCCUUUGGACCUCUCUGGUGACGUGGUUGGUCACCUAUCCAGGCGACGCAGACGCCGGACUGCCCUGACCAGCAGAUCUGUAGGUGGAGCUGGUGGGGGAGGAGGAGGAGGCGGUGGUGCUGGAGGAGGUGGAGGAGGAAGGGGUGGUGGAGGCAGCGGGCGCAGGAAGACUCGAUGCAGCCGCAGGCAGCUCCAUGUCAACUUCAAGGAGUUGGGCUGGGAUGACUGGAUCAUCGCACCGCUGGAUUAUGAGGCGCACCAUUGUGAGGGCGUGUGUGACUUCCCGCUGCGCUCACACCUGGAGCCUACAAAUCACGCCAUCAUUCAGACACUUAUGAACUCUAUGGACCCUGACUCCAGCCCGCCCAGCUGCUGUGUCCCCUCCAAACUCAGCCCCAUCAGCAUCCUCUACAUUGACUCUGGCAACAAUGUGGUCUACAAGCAGUAUGAGGACAUGGUGGUGGAGAGCUGCGGCUGCAGGUAGCAUAGCGACAGAGGGGUGUUUUGCUAUUCUUGCGUUGGGCUAGUCUUGUCAUUCUGGACUCUGCAAAAUGUUGCAUUGGAAUUUUGGGCUUAGGCUAGUAAACAGAGGAGUCUGAUUGUCUUGUCGGAAAAUCCAUUGGUGGUUUGAUGCGCUUGUUAACGAACACCUCCCCUAUCUCUUCCCCCUAAACCAACUUUAUUUUGUGAUUCACUGAAAAAAGUACCAACAAGUAUGUUCAUUACUGAUCUGCCUUCACUUGAGUGGAACAUAAUCUCAUUUGCUGCUUAAUUUAUUAGAAUUUGUCAUUGAGCUGCAAUUUAAUUUCAUGAGCUCUUUAGCAUUUCUUUACUCAUAACAUGCUCUGGCUCUCUCUCUUUGUCCCCAUGGCUCUGCAUGUUGUUCAAUGCUGCCAACUUUAGUAAAUGUCCCAUUCUUAAACAACUGCUAUGCUUCUGACUUUGGUUCUAUAACAUUACUUUAGUAAUCAGUUAAUGAUAAGGUGCAUAAAACAUCAGCCCUAGCUUUUUAAUUUGCUGAGCAGCAGACAGAAUUAAUUGAAAUGAACAAAACAACCCCAGACUUCUAGCUUUACGACAACAGCAUUAGAGUACAUUUGUGUGCCUAUAAGAGAGGAGUAAAUUAUUUGAUAUUCUUAAAUAUCAGAAGUCAUAGUUAGACAUUUUUUGUCCACUGAACUGCUCCCGCUGUGCUUGCUCUUAACAAAAACAACAUUCCAAAUGUAUGGGAGGACACAAUCAAAAAGGACUUUUGAAUAUUGCAUCACACAAGACCCUACCGUCACCUCUUGGACAUGGUUAAAAGAGAGGUUUUAGAUAAUGCUGUUGCCAUUAUUGUGAGAAAUCUGGACAUUGUUAUGCAUCUGUUUAGCAAGACAGAAAAAGUAUCCCAUUUAUGGUGCUGUCUGCUGUAGAAACCUCUGUCUAUCAGCCCAUGGUGGAGGAACAGUGAUCUUUAGUUAGGGAUAUGCUAUAGGACCCAUUUACACAGUUAACUUAGAAAAAUAGCUGUGUGUCACAAUGCAUUUGCUUAUAUACACUCUAUAUCAUUACUAUGCAAAGAUCAGAGGUAUAUGAUAUGGAACAUUUAAGGUAUGAAUGAAAGAGGUAUGAAUGAAGGGCGACAAGGAGAAUUUGAAGCAGAUUUUAUAGCAUGACUCCAAUUUAUUAUUGCUUGCAACUGAGAAAAGUUCGUUUUUUUGCAGGGUAUGCUUUCUACUACAGCUGGUAAUGUACAUGACUUAAACAUGCAGAUCCCGUGCUAACUAUGAUUGAUAUGGCAAUUAAUUUCCCUGUAAACAGCACAGAACCAAUAGGCUAUAUAAUGUCCAUAGGAAUUCCUUGUCAGGGAAAUGGAACAUUGGAAUUCACAAUUUAACACUCCAGGUAUUGAAGUAUAAGAGCACAUGAUUUUGCUAAAUAAUAUUGAUCAAAUAGCAACAUGUGUUGGUCUUUGGAUGUAAUUUCCAUUUAUUCACUUUUAUUUUAGAGUUCAGUCCAGAGUUGCAUGUUAGCCUGGUGGUCCAAAUACACUAUAUAUACAAAAGUAUGUGGACAACCCUUCAAAAUAG